AAAAAACAGCUACCACAACUAGACGCAUGCCUUGAACAUCAUCUCCUAUAUAAACCCAUGUACCCCUCUUGUACUCUUUCGUCCCAAAACACAUCUUUUGCGUUAUGAAACUAACGUACAAGUUUGUACAACAACAACAACAAUUUCUCUUCACACCAUCUUCCUCCCUCUCAAAAUCACAAACACACCCACAAAUUUUUAUUUCCCAGUCUUGAUUUGGUUCACUACUUCACUUAAGUCAUUAGUCCAUAGUCCAUAGAGUUAUUAUUAUUGUUAUUGUUAUUUUAUUAUUUGUUACUUGUUCCUUGAUAGUCACUAUUAUUGUUGCAUAAAAUAGAGCAACAUGAAGAACAGAACAUCAGGGUUUCUGAAGGAGAUCAUAGCAAAUCUGAGCUCAAUGGCCAAGUCAAAAACCAUGGCCUUGAAGUCCAAAACAAACGCCAUAAGGGCACGUUUGAUCAUAUUCUCACUUAUGAAGAACAAGAAAUUCUUGAUGAGUUCCCUCUCUGAGAAGUUCCAUUCUGUGUGGGGGCAAAGUUCAUCUCAACAAAAGGAAGAUCAUUGCUUAUUGGAAGAUGGCAGCAAUGAUCACCAAAGCAAGGCCAUAGUGUUGUACAACAGCAAUGCACACUCCUAUGAGGCCCUGCCUAACCCCAGUGAAACCCAAUUGGUGGUGGAGGAGGAACAAGACCAAGAUGGAUAUGAUGGUUACUACAAUUAUCAUUGUGAUGAUGAUGAGAAGUACCCUGAUCUCACACACACCCUUUUUGAGUCUGAGGAUUUGGAUCUUGGAGGGUCAGUGAUUGAUUUGAUGAAGAAUUCUAAGGAGGAGGCAGGGAAAGAGUUUAAGCUGGAGGAUGAGAUUGACCUUGCUGCUGAUCUUUUCAUCAUGAAGUUUCGAAGGCAAAUGGUGCUGCAGAAGCAAGAAUCAUUGAAGAGGAAGAGGGAAGUGCUGGAAAAUGGUGCAUGAAUUGAAGUACUUGAAGCAUGAUUUGGUUGAUUAUUACUUAUUUAUCUAUCAUGGUUGGCUCAACCCCCAUUAACUCCCUUUGUUAUGGUUUUUUUUAGAAUAAGGGAGACCAGCAGGCUCAGCUAGCUUGGUUAAUUAAUUACUAAGAUAAAUUAUGGUACUUAAGUGGUUUAAGACAAGAACAAUUAAUCCAGAAACUGACCAGGGUGAAUGAAAUAUGAAUCUGUGUUCUUUUCAUUUUUUUGUUUUUUUGUUUUUGAAUUUUUACUGUUGGAUGGUGCCAUAGUGUGUACUUCAUCCAUGUUCUCUUUUCAUGGUGGCCUUGUGCAAAAUAAAAGAAAGAGAACAAAAAUUGGAAAAAGGGUUUACUUGUAGAUGUUGUAUUGGUAAAGUAAAGCACAGAUGUUGGUGCUGGCCUUCAACUCUGUAAAUCUGCAACCAUCGCAGCUAAUUGAUGUAUAUUCAUAUUAUCAUAUAUAUAAUAUUAAUAAAUUAAAUUCUGACACA